GACGUGUGAAUAGAAGCUCCCAAUAUGUACGUACGUAUCAGAGAUAUGUAGAGAGAGUUUUGUGGAUCUCAUCCAGUUCGUAUACAAAACCUCAGACAAUCGUCGAUUUCAACCUCGGAAACCCUAGAUAUCAAUCACAAUGAACGCCCAAACCCAACAAUUCCAGAUCUUCAUUGAAUCCCCAGAACUCCAAAUCCCAACUCGUGCCCUAAUCCUAGACCCCAAUCUCACUCUACGCAACCUCAAAAUAUCUCUCUUCCCCAAAUCCCAAAAAGCCCUAGACUCUCUCUUCUUCUCCUUCAAUGGCCAACCCCUCUCCGAUUCAAUCACCCUCCAAAAUUCCCCAAUUACCCCCCUCUCCACCCUCAUCCUCCGCCUCCGCCUCCGUGGCGGCGGUGGCGAUGGCGGCGCCACCGGCGCCGAGUCCCGGGACUGUUAUCUCAACAUGUACGCUGUGAAAAAGCCCGAUAAAGUCGAUCCGAACGAGCAAAGAUUGUCGAAAUGGUUGAAUUGCGCUCUCUCGAACGAGCCUUUGAAGCAUCCAGUGGUUGUUGAUUUGCUUGGGAAUUUGUUCAAUAAGGUGACUCUUGUGGAGGCUUUGUUGGGGAAGAAAUUGCCGAAAGCUUUUUCGCAUAUUAAGGGUUUGAAGGACAUGAUCGCGAUUCAGCUUUCGCCGAUUCCUGGGUUGGAAUUGGAUGGUGGUGAUGGUGUGAUUGAUGGGACAAGGUUUCAAUGUCCAAUUUCGGGUUUGGAGUUUCAUGGGAAGUACAAGUUUUUCGCUUUGAGGACUUGUGGGCAUGUGUUGAGUGCCAAGGCUUUGAAGGAGGUUAAGUCCUCGGCUUGUCUUGUUUGCCAUAAAGAGUUUUCGGAGAGCGAUAGGAUUGUGAUUAAUGGGUCUGAGGAAGAAGUGGCUGUUUUGAGAGAGAGGAUGGAGGAGGAAAAGGCGAAAUUGAGGGAGAAGAAAUCAAAGAAGGUGAAGAAUGGGGAAGUGGGUGUCAAUGGGGAGGUGGGUUUUUGUUUGGAUUCGUCACGAUUGAGUGGCACAAAGCAUGGCAUUGAUGUGAAGGAUUUGCCAAAGGACAAGGCCUUGGCAAAAGUGGAAGGAAAUGGGAAGGUUGCUAAUGGUGGGGUGGCUGUGAAGGGUGCAAGUAAUGGCUCGACAAAACGGUUCAAGGCGGGUGAUAUGGCACCGGCAAAUGCUACUAAGGAAGUGUAUGCAUCGAUUUUUACCUCGUCCAGGAAGUCUGAUUUUAAAGAGACAUAUAGUUGCAGAUCUCUCCCUCUUGGUAGAAACUGACUGAAGAUAUUGUGAGUUGAUCUCUUAAUGUUUGGCCUAGCCCUAUUAUGUAAUUGGCAGUUAGCAUUAACAAAGAAAAACAUAUGUUGUGUUUUUUAUAUUUUCAGUUGUUAUUGUUUGCUAAAAAAAAAUGAUGAUGCUUUAGCUGUGUAAAAUAUUGAUUCUGAUUGUUAACAAAACAUUGCUUUAUCAGGUUUGGUGCUUAUGUCAAUGUAUUUUUUUGCUUGGUUUA